AUGUUUCGCAACGACAGCGACGUGGAGGGUGCUGGUGCGAAUAUUUUGGUGAAUUGUUCGGGGCGAGCUGAACAUCCAAAAUACAGUUUGGCACCGCAAGACUUUGCUUUCAUUCACUCCAACGUUUCGCUUGUUAAUUCGCGAAUCGCAGCCACAGAUGACCAGGCAACGGUAAUCGGAGUGGUCAUUGCUGCGAUGCUGUUCGCGGCAAUAAAUAUAGAGGAAUUCAAUGUUUAUGCAAUAUUUCACAGAAUUAUAAAAUCAAAAACUUUAUCGAGGGCUAUAGUAUUAGCCGUUUUAUUAUCCUUUUCACCGUUAAUAAUUGCACUUACAUUAUUAGCAUUGCUAUAUAAAGUACUGUGUUAUUAUAUUAUACGAAAUAAUGAUAAAAACUUCGAGGCAUUUCUCGAUGGUUUCGACGUGUUUUGGAGUUUGGAGGAUGGAGACGGGGUUGCGUUGAUUGAGUUUUUGUGCCACGCACUAGCCGACAAAGUCGAUAAUGAACCUAGGAAUUUAUUCUCCGUACCCGGGAGCCACAGCGCCGAGAAACGUAAGCCGGCAACUAGUUUAUUGGACACAUUGGAACAGUUAUGUUCGGUGCCCAUCUGUUUUGUCGAUGGCAUCUUAAGGAAACCCGACGAACAUUCUCUACAUGGUCCGACUUUGAACGGUAGGAAAGUAUUCAAAUGGACGGAUCCCGAAGACGAUUUAUUUCAGAUGAUUAAAGAUAUAAAACAAUAUAACAAGGAAUUGACUUUUUCGGACGUCUUAGCGACAUCGCUAUCCAGCGGUCUAAGAAAUUAUUUUGAAAAGACAAUGGACCAUAUCCCUGAGGAUGUAGCAGUCAUUUUACCUAUAAGGUUACCUAAACCGGAAAAUGAGUUCAGGCUACAAAACAAUUUUACAGUAACAAUCUUGGAUCUGCCGACCAAGGAAAAAAGGCCAAUCAAAGAAAUCAGAAAUCGAUGCAAGCUGGUCCGUAAGAGCGUUGACCCGAUGGUUAAUCAUUACUUCCUCAAAGUUUGUUACCUUUUGCCGAAACAUAUCCUGCGACCACUUUUUAUCAGUAGCCAAGCUACAUUAAUCUUUAGUAAUAUGCCAGGACCAGACUCCGUUUUGAGUAUCUGUGGUGGCAGUUCAAUAAAAAGUUUAGUCUUCUUCAUACCAAAUAAAGGAACCACCGGAUUGGGAGUAUCUGCCUUGUAUUACGGCGGUGCUCUCAGAUUCUCAGCGAUGGCAGACGCCAGCUUGAUACCUACACCCGAGCAAUUGUCCUAUGAACUCUCAGUAGCAGGUAUGGAGAGCGUCAAAUUCGAGUUUAUUUUAACAUUAGGUGGAAAGAUUAUG